AUGGCUACUCGAGCAUCGUCACGCCAGGCCGCCCAGAAGGCCAAAGAAGCCAUCACCGAUCACAUGGGGGCCAGUGGAAGUGGAAAAGAUUCUGCUGGCUCAAAACGCAAGGCCCGGUCAGAGAAGCCCCAGGAGCCCAACAAACAGAGAGAGAUCGAGAAAGAGCCGAAGGUAGAGGACAGCGCGGGCCCGUCAACGGGUGGGAUGUCUGCCACAAAGCCUGUUGAACAGAGGAUGCCAGGUGGUGUUACUGGAACCCAACAUUCUACCGAAAAGCGCGAGGAUUCGGAUUUAGACAAAGAAUCCGGGGUUCGCAAAUCCGAUAAGAGAGAAAGUAUUGUCCCCUCCAGCAUCUUGGAAAAGGGCAUCAUUUACUUCUUCUUUCGGCCGCGUGUCAAUGUGGAUGAUCCGCAUGGUAUGAGUGACGUGGCGCGAAGCUUCUUCGUGCUUCGUCCCACUCCUCUCGGUGCUGAGUUGGACAACGAUCAGGGUCCAGUGGACAAAGACGCCCGAUGCCGUUUGUUGAUGCUCCCGAAGAAGAAGUUCCCCACCUCAGCCAAGGAAAGGGACAUGGCAUUUGUGGAGAAAGCAGGACAAUCCGUUAGAGAUCUUCAGGACAAGUUCGUCGCGAGCAGUACAUACCAAACUGCAACUCGGGGCGAACGUACCACCGAAGACGCAAGACCCUAUGCAGAAGGUGUCUACGCAAUCACAUCGACGCAACGGGCAUCUCAUCUCGCCUACGAAUUGACCAUCCCUGCCGAACUAGGUGAGAUCCAAAAGAACUUUGGCCUUUGCCAGCGCGGGAGCUGGAUCGUGCAGUCUAAAAACCCAAAGUUCCCUGGCCCACCUCAGGGCCAAUUGCCCAAGGAGGCAGAUUAUCCUGAAUCUGUGCGCGAAAAAUUCGGCGAUCUCCGAUGGGUUCCCCUGCAGCCAGAGUUCAUCGAUUACCCCAAUGCGCAGAUCCUGAUGAUCGGGGCCGCAAUGAACAAUUGGGGCAAAGCUGCGACAGCCGAGGGCACUAAACAGCCCGAUGAGCCAGAACCUGGCCAAGAGCUGGAAAGACUCGCUGAGGAAAAUGAACAUCGAGUCGAGCAUCUGCAGGGCAAUGAAACCGUAUUCCAAGAUCUCGGAAUGUACGCCAACAAUUAUCGCGGUCUUCCCACGACAUGGAGC